GCUUCCCCCCCUCCCCCGCCGCGGAUCCUGGCCGCUGCCCUCCAGACCCAGGAUGCCGGGGGGCAAGAGAGGGCUGGUGGCGCCGCAGAACACAUUUUUGGAGAACAUCGUCAGGCGCUCCAGUGAAUCAAGUUUCUUACUGGGAAACGCCCAAAUUGUGGACUGGCCUGUAGUUUACAGUAAUGACGGUUUUUGCAAACUCUCUGGGUAUCACCGAGCUGACGUCAUGCACAAGAGUUGCACUUGCAGUUUUAUGUAUGGAGAAUUGACCGACAAGAAGACCAUUGAGAAAGUCAGGCAGACUUUUGACAACUACGAGUCAAACUGUUUUGAAGUUCUUCUGUAUAAAAAAAACCGAACCCCUGUUUGGUUUUACAUGCAAAUUGCACCAAUAAGAAACGAGCAUGAGAAAGUGGUCUUGUUCCUGUGUACGUUCAAGGAUAUUACGCUGUUUAAACAACCGAUAGAGGAUGAUUCAACAAAAGGUUGGACAAAAUUUGCCCGAUUGACACGGGCUUUGACAAACAGCCGAAGUGUUUUACAGCAGCUCACGCCAAUGAAUAAAACAGAGACAGUCCACAAACAUUCACGACUAGCUGAAGUUCUUCAGCUGGGGUCAGACAUCCUUCCUCAGUACAAACAAGAAGCGCCAAAGACGCCGCCACACAUCAUUUUACACUACUGUGCUUUUAAAACUACCUGGGAUUGGGUGAUUUUAAUUCUUACCUUCUACACCGCCAUCAUGGUUCCUUACAACGUUUCCUUUAAAACAAAGCAGAACAAUAUAGCCUGGCUGGUGCUGGACAGUGUGGUGGACGUUAUUUUUCUGGUUGACAUCGUUUUAAAUUUUCACACGACUUUUGUGGGGCCAGGUGGAGAGGUCAUUUCUGACCCAAAGCUCAUAAGGAUGAACUAUCUGAAAACUUGGUUUGUGAUCGAUCUGCUGUCCUGUUUACCUUAUGACAUCAUCAAUGCCUUCGAGAAUGUGGAUGAGGGAAUCAGCAGUCUCUUCAGUUCUUUAAAGGUGGUGCGUCUCUUACGCCUGGGCCGUGUUGCUAGGAAACUGGACCACUACUUGGAGUAUGGAGCUGCGGUCCUCGUGCUCUUGGUGUGUGUGUUUGGAUUGGUUGCCCACUGGCUGGCCUGCAUCUGGUACAGCAUUGGAGACUACGAGGUCAUUGAUGAAGUCACCAACACCAUUCAGAUAGACAGCUGGCUCUACCAGUUGGCCUUGAGCAUUGGGACUCCAUAUCGCUACAAUACCAGUGCAGGGAUCUGGGAAGGAGGACCCAGCAAGGACUCUCUGUAUGUGUCCUCCCUCUACUUCACCAUGACGAGCCUUACAACCAUAGGAUUUGGAAACAUAGCUCCGACCACAGAUGUGGAGAAGAUGUUCUCUGUAGCCAUGAUGAUGGUUGGCUCUCUUCUUUAUGCAACUAUUUUUGGAAAUGUUACCACAAUUUUCCAGCAAAUGUAUGCCAACACCAACCGUUACCACGAGAUGCUGAAUAAUGUUCGAGAUUUCCUGAAAUUGUAUCAGGUCCCCAAAGGCCUUAGUGAACGAGUGAUGGAUUAUAUUGUCUCGACAUGGUCAAUGUCAAAAGGCAUCGACACGGAGAAGGUCCUCUCCAUAUGUCCCAAGGACAUGAGAGCUGACAUCUGCGUUCAUCUGAACCGGAAGGUUUUUAACGAACAUCCUGCAUUCCGAUUGGCCAGCGAUGGAUGCCUGCGUGCCUUGGCAGUGGAGUUCCAAACCAUUCACUGUGCUCCUGGGGACCUGAUUUAUCACGCUGGAGAAAGUGUGGAUGCCCUCUGCUUUGUGGUGUCGGGGUCCCUGGAAGUUAUCCAGGAUGACGAGGUGGUGGCUAUUUUAGGGAAAGGCGAUGUGUUUGGAGACAUCUUCUGGAAGGAAACCACCCUUGCUCAUGCUUGUGCCAAUGUCCGGGCCCUGACUUACUGUGACCUGCACAUCAUUAAGCGAGAAGCCUUGCUCAAGGUCCUUGACUUCUACACAGCGUUUGCAAACUCAUUUUCAAGGAACCUUACUCUCACUUGCAAUCUAAGGAAGCGGAUCAUCUUCCGUAAAAUUAGUGAUGUGAAGAAGGAGGAAGAGGAGCGGCUGCGGCAGAAGAAUGAGGUGACUCUCAGCAUCCCUGUGGACCACCCAGUCAGGAAGCUCUUCCAGAAGUUCAAGCAGCAGAAGGAACUGAGGAACCAGGGCUCAGUGCAAAGUGACCCUGAGAGGAGCCAGCUUCAGGUAGAGAGCCGCCCUUUGCAGAACGGAGCCUCCAUCACAGGUACGAGUGUGGUCACCGUGUCACAGAUCACCCCCAUCCAGACUUCUCUGGCCUGUGUGAGAACCAGUGAGUCCCUUAAGCAGAACAACCGUGAUGCCAUGGAACUGAAGCCCAAUGGCGGUGCUGAGCAAAAAUGUCUCAAAGUCAACAGCCCCAUCAGAAUGAAAAAUGGGAAUGGGAAAGGGUGGCUAAGAUUGAAGAACAACAUGGGGGCUCACGAGGAGAAAAAGGAAGACUGGAAUAAUGUCACCAAGGCUGAGUCGAUGGGGCUAUUGUCAGAGGACCCCAAAAGCAGUGACUCGGAGAACAGUGUGACCAAGAACCCGCUAAGGAAAACAGAUUCUUGUGACAGUGGGAUUACAAAAAGUGACCUUCGUUUGGAUAAAGCUGGCGAGGCCCGAAGUCCUCUGGAACACAGUCCUAUCCAGGCAGAUGCCAAGCAUCCUUUUUACCCCAUCCCUGAGCAGGCCUUACAAACCACACUGCAGGAAGUAAAACACGAACUCAAAGAGGACAUCCAGCUGCUGAGCUGCAGAAUGACUGCCCUGGAAAAACAGGUGGCAGAGAUUUUAAAACUACUCUCAGAGAAAAGUAUACCCCAGACCUCCUCUCCAAAACCCCAAAUGCCACUCCAAGUACCUCCCCAAAUACCAUGUCAGGAUAUUUUUAGUGUGUCAAGGCCUGAGUCACCUGAAUCUGACAAAGAUGAAAUCAACUUUUAAUAUAUAAAUAUAUAUACAUAUAUAUUUGUCAAUAUAUUUAAAAAUGGUAUAUACAUCUAUAUACAUACGUGUGUAUAUAUAGUAUAUACAUAUAUAU